AUGUCCCCACGGGCCACCUACAGCAAAAAAUCUCUACGAGAUACUACCUUCCCGCCUCCUCCAGCGGAUGCGGUAGUAUUCAAGUUUACAAACGUCGUUUGUGAAAGCUUCAACAAAUCCUGGUUCGUGUUCCACAACUGUCGUCUGAAGGCUGUCAGUCGCAGCAAAGUGCUCCUGAACAUGAAUGCGACGAUAUUGCAUCCGACCAACGAUAUGAAAAGUCAUGUGCAGAUGUUUAAAAGAGAAAGUGGAUAUAAGCCCUGGCUUUUCGACGUUAACUUUGAUGUCUGUCUGUAUUUUCGAAGGCAUAAUAUCCCCUUUUUUUCUAUAGUCCAUGGGCUCUUUAAAGAGUUUACCAACUUUAAUCACACCUGCCCCUACGUGGGUUUAAUAACUAUCAAAGAUUUGUAUCUUAAACCCGAGCUACUGCGUCUUCCCCUUCCAACAGGGGAUUAUCUGUUGUCGUUGAAGUUUUAUUACGAUAAGAAGCAUCAAUUUGAUAUGAACAUUAGUUAUACGUUUGUCGAGGAUCUAUUGAAGAGUUAA